AAUAGUUAACUCGCAAAAUUCUGGGAGAGGAACAUUCUCUGAGUCUGAGAAGAUACUCUAAUGGCGCCUAAGCUUCUCUCCUCCACGAACUUCAAAUCUCUAUUCAACUCAGUCGACACUUUCCUCUUUGACUGCGAUGGUGUUAUAUGGAAAGGUGAUACGCUCAUCGAUGGCGUCUCUCAAACUCUCGACUUACUCCGAUCCAAGGGUAAAAACAUUGUCUUUGUGACGAACAACUCGAUGAAAUCGAGGAGGCAAUACGCUGAAAAGUUUCGAUCUUUGGGUCUCGCCUCUGUUACUCAGGAUGAGAUAUUCUCUUCGUCGUUUGCGGCGGCUAUGUACCUCAAAGCCAACAAUUUCCCCAAGGACAAGAAGGUUUAUGUGAUUGGUGGAGAAGGCGUUCUUGAGGAGCUCCAGCUUGCCGGUUUUACAGGUCUUGGUGGUCCUGAAGACGGUGAAAAGAAGGCACAAUGGAAAUCAAACUCUCUCUUUCAACAUGAUAAAACUGUGGGAGCAGUUGUGGUUGGACUCGACCCCAACAUAAACUACUAUAAGCUUCAGUAUGGGACCCUCUGUGUACGCGAGAAUCCGGGAUGUCUUUUCAUUGCCACCAACCGUGAUGCAGUAGGACAUAUGACCGAUCUUCAAGAAUGGCCUGGUGCUGGUUGUAUGGUUGCUGCCAUGUGUGGUUCAACUGAAAAAGAGCCAAUAGUGGUUGGGAAACCAGCUACUUUCAUGAUGGACUUUCUGAUACAGAAAUUUGGGACAGAAACGUCAAGAAUGUGCAUGGUGGGUGAUAGGCUCGACACUGAUGUAUUGUUUGGGCAGAAUGCUGGAUGCAAAACUCUCCUCGUCCUUUCAGGGUGUACAAGUGAGUCUAAUCUACUAGACGAGAACAACAAGAUUGAACCAGACUAUUACACAAGCAUGGUCUCUGAUAUCACUAAACUUAUGGACUCCCCUUAGGAUGUAAAGGGCAUCAUCACCGUCUUGUUCUACCCUGAAACAGUUUUGCGUAUGGCAAGAUGAAAUUUCUGAUUUUUUUGCUCACUCUUAAUAAUCAAAUCUGGUGAUCCAUACAUCAACAGAAAACAUGGAGUCUGCUAGCUUUAAUAAAAGUUGAGUUGAAUUCAUC